AUGGCUGCUUCCAACACGAUAAGAUACAUGAUAGCCGCCGAAGCCGCCACCGAGAUCUUGUCCCAGAAACUAGAGAUGUUGCUCUCUCACCCGGUGCGCACAAGGUGCUUAUUGAUGGAACCACUCGCCCAGGAGGCCAAGAAGAAGCUGGCCACGAUCCAAGAGUUCUUUUCCACGCAAGACAGAUUGUCCCAGAGCACGGUGUGGUUGAGGCGGCUCCUCCAAGCCAUAUACGAUGCUGAGGAAUUCAUCGACAAGUUCCACCUCAGAGAGGCCCGCGGGAGGCACGAGAUCCUGCACGUGGCCACAAGGCCGCCCACUGCUCUCAUCUCCAAGUACAAGCUGUGGAGGGACCUGUCCAAUCUGGUGAAUAAGAUGGAGGAGUUGUGUCAAGAUCAGGGCUUGACGGGCCAGAAGGAGGCCAAGGCCAAGACGAGGAACGAUCCUGGUGGUUCCUCCUCCCCUGCUAGUGUUCCAGGGCAAGGCGAAAAACUGGCGAGGCUGACUAGUUUAUGGGAUCAACAAGCGUCGGAAAACUUCUUUCGGCAGGAGGAGAAGAAGAUAUUAAUGGAACGGUUUGUGGAGGGAGGGAGUUGGGGGAAUCUCGCUGGGACUUUGAUUUGGGGUGAGCAAGGCGCCGGCAAGACAUUCCUCGCAAGAUGGGUCUGCAGGGAAGCGAUGUGCCUGGGCUUCGAGUGGCGCGCUUGGGUCCGCCUCUCGGCCAGCAUGGACAUGCAGGAGUUGUUAUUCGAGAUACUGAAGCAGUUAGGGGAGCUAACGAGGGAGCCGAAGGACAUGAGUUUGGACGAGUUACAGGAAUUGCUCUACAAAAGAUUGGCCACGGGGACCAAGUUCCUCAUAGUGUUGGAUGACGUGCAGUCGUCCAACGUGGAACUCUUGCAAAUAUUAGUGGGGAUCCGCCUGUACCAAGGGCGGGGCCACAUAAUUACCACGACUCAAGACGAAGGCGUAGCCAAGAGCAUGAGCUUUCCCGAGGCAGGGCCGAUCAAGCUAAGUAUAUUAGACCCAGAAAAAAGCCGGGAAAUGCUCGCUACUAGGUUGUAUAGAGUUGCUGAUAGUCAGAGACUCUCAUAUGAGGAGAAGCAUAUCCUAAACAGGUGUCGUGGCUUGCCGCUUUGUAUAUCCUUACUAGGCGGGUUUCUGUUGAAUGUUGGAGAGCAGGAACGCGCAGCAUUGGCGAAAGAGGGUUCUAUGAUGACUUUGUUAGAUAUACUACAAUUGAGUGUCCAUAAAUUGCCGGUCCAUCUAAAACCGUGCUUCAUCUACAUGGCUUUGUUCCCCAUAGCAUUCCCCAUUCCGACAAGAAGGCUAGUGAGGUUGUGGUUGGCUGAGGGCUUGUUGGAUUCGCAUUGUUACAAUGGAGAAAGGGAAACAACAAGGACGCCCGAGGCUGUGGGGGAGGCUUUUAUUCUGGAGCUCGCGGAUAGGAACGUGAUUGAUGUGGUGAGCUGGAGGGCGGAUGGAUUCCCCAAAGCUUGCCAAAUGCUCACCUCUCUGUAUGACAUGAUCUGCCCGAUCGCGAUGGGCACGGGGUUCCUCCACGUACAUGCCGCUAUCCGCAAUCCAACUGGCCAGCAACAACAACUGCUAGAAAGAACCAAUGUCCGGUGGCUCGCAGAGCACACGAACAUAGUCACUGACAGCCAUUAUGGUAGCUUCCUUGAUUUACACCUCGGCCACGUCCGCUCGUUCCUGUCGUUCUACAUGAGGAGAGGCAUUCUCACCAAGGAUAUCAGCACGUUCCUUAGGAUCAUGACCUCCAAGGCCGCCUAUAGCUUGCUAAGGGUGCUUGACUUGGAGGGUGUAUAUAGGCCAUCCUUGCAAGGUGUGCUCCACAAACUAGUGCUCCUAAGGUACCUAGGAUUGAGAUGCACGAUGCUAGACUCACUCCCACGUGAGGUUGUGGAUCUGUGCUAUCUCGAGACUCUUGACAUAAAGCACACCAACAUCACUUCCUUGCCGAGUUCCUUGUGGAAGGCGAGGAACUUGAGGCACCUGCAUCUCAACUGGUUCUACAUCAAUUUGAAUACCAUCCUCAAGGCUUGUAGCAACAAUGUCAUGGCCUUGACUAAACUCCGAACCUUAAGCGGGCUGGUUAUCAGUGAGGUCAAGUUGAACUUGAUGAGUGACCCCGUGGACAGCUUGACCACGCUCACCACGCUAAAGCUUUUCUUGCGACGCUCGGGUGGCGACACCUCAGGCGCUGCAGAAAAAGAAGUAGCCGACUGGAUUAGCUUCAGGCUCGCCAAUCUCCAGUCCUUGACCUUUGGGGUGACCCAGAAAGCCAAGUCCACGAAAAAAGUCAGGCCCAAGAAAGAAGCCGAGCGUGCAAUCCGCAUGACAUCGCAGAUAGGCCUGUUGCCGAAACUGUCGUUGGCUGAAAAACAUCACGACCUGUUGGAGCUCUACUUGCUGGGCCAACUCGACAAACCCAUCUGGACGCAGCUCUUGCCUGGCUCGCUCAGGGUUUUGACUCUGUCGGGUUCGAAGGUGGAAGCAGACAUGAUGCCCCAGUUGGCUGAUCUCCUGAAAAACCUGAGGACACUCAGGCUCUUGGCCAAUUCCUUCCUAGGCACUCGCCUGAGGUUCGCCAAAGAUGGGUUUCCCAGCCUCAUGAUCUUGAAGAUUUGGCGGCUGCCUUGCCUUGUGGAGGUGAUUAUUGAACCAGGAGCAAUGCUCCAUCUCAAGGAACUUGAGUUAAGGCACCUCGAUGCGAUAAAAAAUGUUAAAGGGAUCGGGGAGUGUAAGGAACUAAAGAAUAUCUCUGGGGUAGUCAAAAAGGGUGCUCAGGCUUUUGUUGACCAUCUCAAGACAGUAACAGGAGAGACGAGGAUUGCGUUCGCAGAGACGGACGAUGACGAUGACGAUGACGAGGACGAGGACGACAGUUGGGACUGUGACGAGGAAUAA